CUUCCACCGACCUGCCACUUCAUACAACUAUAGCCGUUCACAAUGGUCCAAGCCACAACCAUGAAAGCGCUCUGGUACAACGCGCCAAAGGACUUUGUCAUCAAGCAGGUCCCUGCACCUAGGCCGAACGAUAACGAGGUUUUGCUCAAAGUAUCCUGCUGUGGUAUGUGCGGAACAGACGGCCACAUUCAUGAAGGAGAGUUCAUCUCCACUUUUCCCCUUAUCCCUGGCCACGAGGCCAUUGGCUCCAUCGUCGAAAUGGGCAAGGACGUCAAGGGUUUCUCCAUCGGUGACCGCUGCGUCGCCGAUGUAGGCAUUACUUGCGACGACUGCUUCUACUGCCGACGCGGCCAAUCGCUCAUGUGCGAGAACUUCCGCGCGCGGGGCGUCAGUUCCGAAGGUGGUUUCGCUGACUAUAUCGUCUAUCCACAGAACAAGCUCUACAAAAUUCACAACCUGACCGACGAGGAAGCGACGCUCCUUGAGCCGGCAGCCUGCGCAAUUCACGGGUUGGACAAGUUGAACCCGCCGGUCGGGAUCGAGGUGCUGCUGCUUGGCGCGGGACCAACGGGGUUGAUCCUUGCACAGCUGCUCAAGCUGAAUGGCGCACACAAGGUGACGCUGGCUGCGAACAAGGGUAUCAAGAUGGACAUCGCGAAGCAGCUCAACUGCGCAGAUGAGUACAUCGAGCUCGACCGACAGAACCCAGGACCGCAGUGGGAGCAGCUGAAGAAAGACAACCCGUACGGGUUCGAUGUUGUGGUUGAGGCAACGGGCGUCGAGAAGCUCGCAAACGAUUCGAUUAACUACGUCCGUCGUGGGGGUACGCUCAUGAUCUAUGGUGUGUAUGAGAACGCGGCACUUGUGCACUGGCCACCAUCCAAGAUUUUCGGGGACGAAAUCAGGAUCAUCGGGUCGUUCUCGCAGACAUACUGCUUCCCCCGCGCGGUGGCCUACCUCGACAGCGGCAAGAUUCGGGUCAAGGGCAUGGUCACGGAUGUGUUCAAGCUCGAAGACUACCAGAAGGCGCUCGACAAGAUGAACAGCCGCGGAGCGCUCAAAAUCGCGAUCAAGCCCUAGGCCCUCGAGGCCCCGGGCUCCUUUCACCGUACUGCCCCCUCCUUGCACCCCUAUGUCGCAUGUUCAGAUCAUUAUUACCGUCCAUAACUGAAUCCCCUUCGCCACAUGUGUAUUCGUAGUUGUAAGCUGUAUCAUGAUGGACCCUUCCACCAGGCUUGACACUGGCGUGUGCGGGACGGUCGGAUUGGGAUCGGAAUGCAAGUGUUCCGCUUGUUAUAAUCCG